UCAAAAAGGCUCACGAAGAGGAUAUAGUGAGAUUGUGCGAACACGGUACACAAAACACAUCACAAUGUCGCUGGACAACCGAAAUACGUCGGCCCAGUUCAAGCGCGCCGAGCAGCUGAAGCGAUGGGAAGAAUCCGAAAUGAACAAGAAGCUCAGCGGGUUGCUGAAGAGUCCGUCGUCGCGGCGCAUCAAAUUUUCGUCCGGAUGCAUUUUUCUGGCAGCGUGCAGUGCCAGCGACAAGGAUGAGGUGGAUUUGCUGCUAAAGAGCGGAGCCGACAUCGACACGGCCAACGUGGAUGGAUUGACGGCGCUCCAUCAAGCCUGCAUAGAUGAUAAUCUGGAUAUGGUGGAGUUUCUAGUACAGAAAGGCGCCGACGUCAACCGAAAGGACAACGAAGGAUGGACACCACUCCACGCAACAGCCUCAUGCGGAUUUAUAAGCAUAGCACGCUACCUAAUAGAGAACGGUGCAGAUUUAGCGUCAAUCAACAGCGAUGGAGAGCUGGCGGUGGAUCUGGCCAACUCAGACGCCAUGGAGGACCUCAUACAGCAUCACCUCGAUGAGCAGGAGAUCGAUUGCGAAGAGGCGCGUCAGGCGGAGGAGCGCAUCAUGCUUUGCGACGCGACCAAAUGGCUCCGCACGGACAGUUCUGAUUGUGAUAAGCCGCACCCGAAGACAGGUGCCACUGCGAUCCAUGUUGCGGCCGGCAAGGGCUAUAUCGGCGUGCUGAAACUAUUGCUUGAGGGCCGGGGUGAUAUCGACCGGCAGGAUGUGGACGGUUGGACGCCACUGCAUGCGGCCGCAUACUGGGGCCAGAAGGAAGCCACACAGAUGCUGCUGAACGCCAGUGCCGACAUCGACAUUCUGAACUACAGCGGUCAGCAGGCGAUCGACAUCGCCCAGGACGAUAUCGUAUCGAUGCUGAAAGACGCCCGGAAGAACGCGAAGCGCACGAAGCGCCGACCACCUAGUCACGGCCAUAGAAUUACGGACAAUUUUGAAAAUAAUACGGAAACUCCGACAAAGGUGAUUCGGGUUGAGAUGAAACCGAUCGACAGCAACAAGGAGAAGGAAGUUGGACUCGUCGCCGUCGGCCACGACGACGACGAUGAAGAGCAACAAGAACCCGAAGUGCCAGAAGAACCAGAAGAACAAGAAGAAUCAGAUGAAAAAGAUGAAGAGGAGAAGGAGGAGACGCCUGAUGAUACGGUAGACGAGGAGCCCAUGGAGGAAGAAGUGGUGGUGGAAGAGGAGGAAGAGGAGGAGGAGGAGGAGCAGGAGGAGGAAGAAGAGGAUGAGGAUGCAGAAGAAGAUGAAGAGCAGAAGGAGAUCGUAUCAAAUGAGAAGAAACACCCGAGUCCUGCGCAGGAUGUCACCGAUUCGAUGGAUGCUUUAUCGCACCGAUCUCCGUAUCAACGAGUAUUAUCACAAGCUGUGCGAGUGGGUGUAGAUAAAGAUAAUGAAGAGAAUGUCGAAACGGAAAACGAAGACGAAGGAGAUGAAGAAGACAAUGUCAGCGUGUCGUCGGAACCGUACUCUUCCUCGAAUCCUUCCGCCGAUAGUAGUCUGACCGAGUCCGAAACAGAUGAACUGAGACCACGGCCGGUGCCGAUCAUCUCGCGCCCAGAGCCCAUUGCUCUAACUGGUCAGAUUGUAGUGCCAAAACCUCGCGCCACCGAUUCGGCACCUCCUGCUAGCGUGAGGACACAGGUGCCACCGCCGGCAACCCCGGCCAGCAAUCCUCCUCCACCAACGGCCCCAUGGCGUAGGCAGCGUGCCGUCCCGACACCCGUCCCACGCCAGUUCUACGAGCAUGAAGAGCCUGCAGCUGCGCCUCCACGAUCGACGGAUGAAAUCGACUACGCUAACCUCUAUUUCGCAUCCAAACGCAACCAAGUUUCGGAAAAAGAAAACCAACCAACCGAACCGGAUGUGAUACUGCGGAGGACCCAGAGUUUCGAGAACGAUGAAAAGUUCUACCAGAAGUACGCAGAGCUGCGAGCGCGGAUACAGGCUAACUCAUGUCCUCACACGAUCCUACCAUCGACGCCUAAUAACACUAAAACUAGUACCACCGCGAACAACAUUGGCAGCAACAAUAACAACACUGCCACUACUACGACUACGACACCGGCAACUAACGUGUCGUCCUAUUUGGUGCAGCGAUCGGCUUCACUGAAGGAUCAUCGAACGUUAAGGAAAACAACCAGCAAUUUGGUGCUGGGAAAUACAACGACAACCCCGUCCGCAGCGGUUGGACCGCCGGUUGGGCUUACUUCCGGCACAACCAAUCAAUCAGCAACAGGCACGACGACCGCUGUGAAUCAGUCAACAACCGGCAGUGCUACUGCUACAUCCGCCACCGUCUCGCCACCGAUCAGUCCUUCCGGAACACCAACAACUACACCCACUGCCGGACAGAUCAGAAGCUUCAUACCCACCAUCAACACCACCACGAACAUCAACAAAAAUACCAUCGCGAACAGCAACACUGACAACAGUAGCACCAACAUGUAUGCUGAUCGGUACUGGAAACGGUACGAGGAUCAACCGGAAGUGGUGCGCAAAUCGCCGCAAACGAUCAGCGCCAAUAAUGUCACCGAUCAGACGCCCGUAGGUGGCUCGAGUCGUGCCGAUCUUACUGAGGUCACUCUCACGCUCAACAACAACGGCACCGGUGCUGAUGCCAACAAAAAUCACAGCCUGUUCGAACUCAAUCGCAAAUACAUUGAGCAGGCCCAGAAGACGAAGAUCAAUAAUGAGCGUAAUAAAUUUCUCUCCUCACUCAACGAGAAGAGACAGCAGCAGCUACAGGAGCAACCUCAGCCGCCGGAACAGCAGCAAUCACACGAGCAAGGACGAGACGGUCGACCCGGAAACGGUCGUACCAGCGCGGAAGCGUCGAAAGAGACACCGCCGUUCGAGGAACCGGCACAAGUGAAGAAUGUAAUUCCAUCGUCUGCUGUGCCAGCGGUGGCGGCAGGGGCACAGCCACCGUCACCGAAUGUAACCAGCCCAUCGUCGCACAAGCUGUCGCCGGGCAAUAUUUUCAAAAACUUUUUCAAAUCAUUCGUACCACCGACGCGGGAUGAAGAAAGCGAAACUCAACGGAAGGCCCAUGCCAAGCGUGUACGAGAGACUCGUCGCUCGACCCAGGGCGUCACUCUUGACGAGAUCAAGAGCGCCGAACAGUUGGUGAAGAAGAAGAACAACGCUACAGGAGCUGCCAACGAGAGCGACACAAUGGCAUCUGCGACCGCGACUGCAACCACGACACCAUCAUCCCCAUUAUCAUCCUCUGCUUCUCUCUCAUCCAACAUCGACACAUCGUCGUUUGGAUCCGUAUCCGUGAACGACCGCGUGCCGUCGGUUGGCGGAAGCACCGAUCAGCAGCAAAGUAGCAGCCAUCACGUUCCUUCCACGGCAUCAUCUGCCGCCAGUGACGCCAGUAGCGGUGCCGGAAAGGCACCCCGCAGUGAGCAGACCGCAGAAGAGGUGGCGGUUUCUGCCAGCUUCACGAUAGCCGCUCCAGGAACAGGCAUCGAGGACGGUGGUGAUGCUGGCGGUGGAGGAAGUGAGGUUAGGAGACGGCGCCGGAGUGUUCCGGAACAGGACGAGGAAGAGGACGACAGUAAAGUGACGGUAUCGUACACGAUCAGUGCUCCGGUGCGGCAGAUCUCACCUAGUAGCCCGAGGACGAACGUUACCAACUCCAAAGAAAGUGGCGAGCUGCUGAGUGGAGCCAUUGCUGGUGAUGUUCCUGCCGUUUCGGCAACGUUCCACGUGCCUACAGUUGCCGGAACAGAUGGAGUUGCGACCUCAGCCACCAUCCGAACAUCGUCCGGAGCGGGUGGUGUCGUGAGUAAUAGCGAUAGUAGUACCGUCCCCACCACCACCACCACCUCCAACAUCAACACCAGUGUAUCCUCUAACAACAACCACAACACAGCCGCAACCUACACUAAACGUUCACUGUUCGAUAUCGAUAACGCCAACUCACUAACAUUGGCCGAAAAGCUGCGCCACGAGGCAAACAAGUACGCCAUCGCGGCCGUAGCGGAUGGCGAUCUGGACAGCCAUCUUACAUCCCGGGUAACAAGUAGCGGUGGCGAAGGGAACGGCAGCAGCCCGAAUGCACCUGCGGACAAUAGUGCCACGAGUGCUGCUGCUGUUCCGCCGGCGUCACCGACGCUGCGGAAGGCCGAUUCCGCUGCGAUGGCGGCUGCAACUGCCGAACGGAGACCCUCGUGGCGGUUGAAGGUGGACGGUGGCAGCAAGUUCAAACUGGAAGAUGCGUCCACACCGAAUGCCGCCACACAGUCGUCGUCGGCAUCGUACGAAUCAGCCGCCGGUAAUCAAGCGGCAGAGCACGGUUUGGGCACUGCUAAGCUCACUUCCUCCUCCGCACUAGCCCAACGGAGGGCGCAACAGCAAAAUGGCGAUUCUACUACUACCACGGGAUCGACGAGCAGCUCCAGCGUCACUGGUUCUCGUCCCCUGGCCGCCGGAGAACAGUACAACCGUGUGCCGGGUGGCGCUUCAUCGACGGAACAACCUACGGCUGCUACUGCUGCUGGCGGUGAUACUAGUUCACUGCUGCAUCUGCGACGGCCACCGAAGUCGACUGGUUCUGCGGUAGGCGGCGAAGACAAUAAGGAGAACGACAAGGAGAAUGACAAUCGUAGCACGGCACAGGCAACGCAGGCGGUUAUCCAGCGACGUCGGCGACAGAAACGUCGUUCAACCGGCGUUGUUACCGUUGGAAUGGAGGAUCUUGAUCCCGAUAGGCAAGAUUCUCCCGUCGAUGGAGAAGAAAAAGAGACUGGCUCGGAACGAGGUCGAUCGCGUGUCGGUUCGACGGCUUCCGAGCUAGACACCGCCAACCAGCCGCAGGAUUCAUCGCGAGAAAAUGGUGGCGAUUUCAUCGAUUACAAAGCUCUCUAUGAACAGGAAAAGGCCGAUCAUGAUAAGCUUAAGAUGGCUUUACGUAAGAAAGAUGAAGAGGUGGUAACGCUUAAGGCAGCCCUCGAUCGAUUUACUACAGCGACCACCAAAAACAACUCACUCUCUGAGCUGGAGAAGCGCGAACGGCGCGCCAUGGAGCGAAAGAUGUCGGAGAUGGAAGAGGAGUUGAAGCUGUUGCAAAAGUAUAAAACCGAAAACGAACGCCUACGGGCGGAAAAUCGUGCCCUUACACGUGUCGUUUCGAAGCUAACGACAUCAGCACAGAACCAACUACACGUCAGCAAACAGCAGUAGCGAUAGGUUCCCGGUUAGCGGACUGAGCAAAAUCCGUUUUCUGUCAACACCGUGCCAAAGGAUCAAAUCCCACAUCAAUGUCAAUCGAAAUUCUCGCACGGUGUCGCACGGGGGCAGAAGAGUGCGGGGAAGAUAGUCAUACCGAGCAUCGAUUCCUUUGCAUCGAAACGUAACCAAAACCAAGCAGAGCAACCAAAAAUCGUAUAGAAUUCGAAUUCUUCCCACACUGCUGGGUUGGCCAGUGCGAUAGAUAGAAGGGACGGAAUGGCGAUAGAAAUAUGUAGGAAAAAUUAUGUUACGCUAUAUACUAUACGAAAUGUCGUACACUAACGAAAACUAUACACACUUGUUUACUCUUGUGAUGGCAAACUAGCAAAUGAGCUAGCCAUUUGUUACCAUCUUGUAUCGGCGAAAAUCAGUACACAACUCAUCAGCGCGCGUGUAUUCAGAUUAUACUAUCUAUCGCGUCUAUCUAUUAGCAAUGCAUUCGAAUUAGGCAUAUUAUACCAUGUUUAUGUCACUGUUAUCGGAAAUGUAACAUUUUCGAGUCAUUUUUUUGUCAUAUUGUGAAGGGUAACA